UAGGGAGCUGAGAUCAGAACCCGGCCCUGCCCCCAAUGCCGUCAGCGGUGACUCCGGAUUGACCCUGCGGGAGCUGAGAUCAGGGUGACUCCGGAUUGAUCCCGGGGAGCUGAGAUCAGAACCCAGCCUUCCCUGCCCCCAGUGCAAUCAGGAGUGACUCCAGAUCCAGCCCAGGGCCCCAGGAUGUUCAAGGAAUAUUUCCAGUACAAGGGGAUUAGCUUCCCCAGGCUGAUCUACUCGGAGCGGGGGCUGCGGGAGGUGGAGAACGAAUUCCAAGUCCGGGAUGACGACGUCUUUAACGUCACCUACCAGAAAUCAGGGACCGUCUGGAUGCUGGAGAUCCUGAGCCUCAUCCACAGCAACGGGGACCCCAGCCAGUGCCGCACGGUCCCUAACUGGAACCGCGGGCCCUGGUACGAGACCGUCAUGGGCCUCCAGACCGCGCGGAGCAAGCGGCCGCCCCGGCUCAUCAGCUCCCACCUGCCCAUCCAGCUCUUCGCCAAGUCCUUCUUCCGGUCCAAGGCCAAGGUACUGUACACGGUGCGGAACCCCAAGGACGUCUUCGUCUCCCUUUACCACUUCUCCCAGAUCUUCCGCCCCUACAAGGAGCCGGGACAGCUGGACCAGUUCCUGGAGCAGUUCCUGGAGGGGGACGUGCCCUUCGGCUCCUGGUUCGACCACGUCAAGGGCUGGAUGGGCCUGCGGGGCCACGAGAACUUCUUCUGGAUCACCUAUGAGGAGCUGCAGCAGGACCUGCGGGGCAGCGUGGAGCGGAUCUGCCAGUUCCUGGGCAAGUCGCUGGACGCGCGGGCGCUGGACGGGGUGGUGGAGAACGCCUCCUUCCAGGCCAUGAAGCAGAACAAGAUGUGCAACUUCAGCCUGGCCCCCAGGUUCCUGCUGGACCAGACCCAGAGCUCAUUCCUGCGGAAAGGGAUUACCGGGGACUGGAAGAACCAGCUCACCACGGCCCAGAGCGAGAAUUUCGACCGGAUUUACCGGGAGCAGAUGCAGGGGCUGGAUCUGAGCUUCCCCUGGGACCAGCCGAGCCCCCAGCCCUCUCCACCCCCCACCGAGUGCUCGGACUCCCCGCCGGGCGGCAGCUGAGACAGAAGGGAGCACGGUGCACUGGUUAGAGCAGGGGGGCUGGGAGCCAGGACUCCUGGGUUCUCUCCCCGGCUCUGGGAGGGGGGGGGUCUAGUGGUUAGAGCAGGGGAGCUGGGAGCCAGGACUCCUGAGUUCUCUCCCUGGCUCUGGGAGGGGAGGGGGAUCUAGUGGUUAGAGCUGGGAGCCAGGACUCCUGGGUUCCAGGUUUGACAAUUGAAGACAGGAUUCCUCAGGGAGGUCUCGGGUGAGGAUGGAGGCACCCCACCACCGCCAGGAUCCCUGCCCCAUUCAGCCCCUACAGGGUGCAGAGGGAGCGGGGGUGGAGGGCUAGCUCAGUGCGAGGGGGGGUGUCAAGGGUCCCCCACGAUCUGGCCUCCUCUGAACCUGAGAGCUGUAGUAAACAAGGAACAAUAAAACUAAUUUAUGGCUGGGCUCCUAA